UGUGUUUGUUUCAAGGGAAAAUAAUGAUACCCUUCCGAGAAAAUAGUGUUUUCUUCGAAAAUCAAGAGACAAGCUGAUCUGUGGGGGGUUUCAACUCACAUAAUACAUUACCAAAAAGCUUUGAGCAGUUUUGAGAAAACCAUUUUGUGUUCUUCCAUUUUUAAACUGGUGCCCUCAUUUCACGGCAGAACUGGUGGAGGGAACUUUUUCUCCCUAAUACGAAACUGCCCUCGUUUGGGAGCGAAAUUAGCUGACUAUGUUCCUUGUUAGGAUAAGGGGUAUUUCUGUAAUUUGGUCGGCUAGCUGUGAUUACAAUGAUGGGUCUUGAUCAUGGUCGUGUGGGUCGCAGGCACUCAAGUGGUGAAGCUUAAAUUAGUUCAAUCUCAUUCUCACCUUUGUUCCUAGAAAAGGGCAGUUGAAUAUGCAGACCCCAAAAGCAAGGAGUGGCUCCUCUGAAGUGCCUCAAAGGGUCUCUCCACCUCAAAGGGUCUCCCCUCGAGUUGCUCGCCAACUCAGGCCAACUGCAUUGGAGACUGAUUCUGCAUCUACUUCAAGUCAAGCUAGAAGAAUAUCUAAAGACAAAAGCCCAAAAGUGAAUGAGCGGAGAUCACCCAGAAGUCCAUUGCCUGAGAAGAAGGGCCCUAGUAGAAUAUCUGAAUUGGAAUCUCAGAUUUCUCAGCUCCAGGAAGAUCUGAAAAAAGCAAAGGACCAGUUGCAAUCUUCCGAAUCAUGCAAGGAAAAAGCUCAGCAAGAUGCCGAGGAGUCCAAGAAGCAAUUACUGUCCUUGUCUUCGAAGCUCGAAGAAUCCCAGCUGCAGCUUCCGGAGCUUUCUCUUUCUGAGGAAGCUCGUGUUAUCAAGCUCCACAAGAUAUCACAAGAAAAAGAUCGAGCAUGGCAGGUCGAGCUUGAGGCUGUGCGGAAGCAGCAAUCAGUUGACUCAACUGCCUUGGUAUCUGCCAUUGAUGAGAUUGAGAGGCUUAAGGGGCAACUUGAAUCACUAGCUGCAUCUGAGGCUGAGCAGACAAAGCAUGCAGAAUCAGCAAAUGCCGAGCUCCAAAGCUUGAAAGGAAACUUGGCAGAAACGCUUUCUCUUUUGGAGAACAUGAAGAACCAAUUAAAGGACAGCAAGGAAUCAGAAGCUCACGCACAAGCACUGGUUGGUGAAACCCUACUGCAGUUGGAAUCUGCAAGGACAACAGUGGAGGCACUCAGGUUAGAUGGCAUGAAAUCAACAGAAGCUUACAACUCCAUUGCUUCAGAGUUAGAUCAGUCAAAGGCGCAUAUAAAUUUACUAGAAGAACUUGUUAGCAAACUCAAGGCUGACCUAAUUAUUGCAAGCAGCAAUGUUUUGCAAAAUCAGACUGGUGACCAUGACCUUCAGCAGGAAUUUGGAGAAAAGCGAGAGAAUAUGGAAUCAAACCAGACUGAGGCAGAGUUUCACACCUUGAAGUCUGAAGUAAAACGGCUAAGAUCUACUCUUGAAACCGCUGAGACCAAAUACCAUGAAGAACAAACUCAGAGCACAGUGCAGCUAAGAAGUGCUAAUGAACUGGUGGAGCAGAUAAAAUUUACAUCUAGUCAGAGAGAGGGGGAACUGCAGGCAGAACUGAAGAAAACCAAAGCUGAAAUUGAAGAGUUGAAGGCACACCUGAUGGAUAAGGAAACUGAAUUACAAUGCAUUUCAGAGGAAAAUGAGGGGCUGAAUUCCCAACUUGAGAAGAGCCUGUCAUGCCAGAGAGAGUAUGAACUGGAAAAGGAAUUGAAAGAACUGAAAGGGCAUGUUGCAGAUUUUAAGGCUCAUUUGAUGGAUAAGGAAACAGAACUACAGAUUAUAUCUGAAGAGAAUGACAUGCUGAGAUUGGAAAUCAACAAAAUCCAAAUGGACAAGAGUAAAAUAAACAAUGAGGUAGUGGCUGAAGUAGAGGCAGCAAGGUACGCGGAGCGAGAGGCUCUCACGAAGCUUGGGAUUGUGAUGGAGGAGGCAGAUAAGAGCAACAAGAGGGUAGCAAGGGUGGCUGAACAGCUGGAGGCAGCUCAAGCAGCCAAUGCAGAAAUGGAGGCAGAACUGAGAAGGCUAAAAGUGCAGUCCGACCAGUGGAGGAAGGCUGCUGAAGCAGCUGCAGCCAUGCUUUCAGCCGGAAAUAAUGGCAAGCUCAUGGACAGAACUGCAUCUUUGGACAGCAGCUUUAAUCAUGUUACUGGGAAGUUUGGCUCACCAUACUCUGAAGAUAUGGAUGAUGAUUUACUGAAGAAGAAAAAUGGGAACAUGCUAAAGAAGAUUGGAGUCUUUUGGAAGAAGCCGCAGAAAUGAAACGCCGCCGGACAGAUGUUAUGGUUUUGGGGGAAGAGCUAAUCCAGUUGGUUUAAAGUUGGCAAUCUACUAAGCUUCUAUUACUAGUGUAGCGGCAGCAAUGCAUAGAUUAUUUUGGUUCAUUCCCUUUAACCCAGAAGAGAGUUUAUAAUUAUGAAUUUUCUGCUAUAUGAAAAAAUUGAGCUUUGCUGCCAUGAGUUGUGGAAGGUAUAUAUGUAUGUAUUAGUUAAGGACAAAUAUUACUGUUAUGUGAGACAUUAUUUACUUAUUAAAAUAUCUGGGUUAGCUCCUUCCCCUCCUUA